AUGCAAGCCACAUUUCUAACUUCACGCGCCACUGUACUCCCCACCAACAAACCACUCACCCCUCCUCCAAACCAUCGCCGAUGUUUUCGCAUAACCGCACAAUCCCAAGCUACCGUAACGGCGGACCCUCCCUCUCCACCCACGACGAAGCUCAACAAAUACAGCUCGAGAAUAACGGAACCCAAGUCACAGGGCGGGUCUCAGGCGAUGCUGUUCGGCGUCGGAUUAUCCGAAGGCGACAUGUCGAAACCCCAAGUGGGAAUAUCGUCGGUUUGGUACGAGGGGAACACGUGCAACAUGCAUCUGUUGAAGUUGUCGGAGGAAGUGAAACGGGGCGUUGAAGAGGCAGGGAUGGUUGGAUUUAGAUUCAAUACGGUCGGGGUUAGCGAUGGGAUUUCAAUGGGGACGAGAGGGAUGUGCUAUAGUUUGCAGUCAAGGGAUUUGAUUGCUGAUAGUAUCGAAACGGUUAUGAGUGCUCAGUGGUAUGAUGGGAAUAUCUCUAUUCCUGGCUGUGAUAAAAAUAUGCCAGGUACAAUUAUUGCAAUGGGGAGGCUUAAUCGGCCAAGUCUUAUGGUUUAUGGUGGAACUAUCAAGCCUGGUCAUUUUCAAGGCAAUACAUAUGAUAUAAUAUCUGCAUUCCAGUGUUAUGGAGAAUAUGUAAGUGGAUCAAUAACUGAUGAGCAGAGAGAGAAUGUUGUUCGGAAUUCUUGCCCUGGAGCAGGGGCUUGUGGAGGCAUGUACACAGCAAAUACCAUGGCUUCUGCAAUUGAAGCUAUGGGAAUGUCUCUUCCUUACAGCUCUUCAAUACCCGCUGAAGACCCACUGAAGUUGGAUGAAUGCCGUUUGGCUGGAAAAUAUAUGGUGGAAUUGUUGAAAAUGGAUUUAAAACCAAGAGACAUAAUCACCCGUAAAUCUUUACGUAAUGCAAUGGUUAUUGUCAUGGCACUAGGUGGGUCAACCAAUGCUGUGUUACAUUUGAUUGCUAUAGCAAGGUCUGUUGGUCUGGAGUUGACUCUUGAUGAUUUCCAGAAGGUUAGUGAUGAGGUUCCAUUUCUGGCUGAUCUGAAGCCCAGUGGCAAAUAUGUCAUGGAGGAUGUGCAUAAGAUUGGAGGAACACCGGCUGUUAUUCGUUACCUUUUGGAACUUGGAUUUCUGGAUGGGGAUUGCAUGACUGUUACUGGGAAGACAUUGGCCGAAAAUGCACAGAGUUACCCUCCUUUACCUGAGGGACAGGAUAUUUUAAGACCGGUGUCGAAUCCUAUCAAGGAAACAGGGCACAUUCAAAUAUUAAGAGGAAAUCUUGCACCAGACGGUUCCGUAGCAAAAAUUACUGGAAAAGAAGGCCUAUAUUUCUCUGGUCCUGCACUUGUCUUUGAAGGAGAGGAAGCUAUGUUAGCUGCUAUCUCUGAAAAUCCUAUGAGUUUUAAGGGAAAAGUGGUAGUCAUUAGAGGAGAGGGACCCAAAGGGGGGCCAGGCAUGCCUGAAAUGUUGACACCAACUAGUGCAAUAAUGGGAGCAGGUCUUGGGAAGGAUGUUGCAUUGCUCACUGACGGUAGGUUUUCUGGAGGUUCACAUGGAUUUGUUGUAGGCCACAUAUGCCCUGAAGCACAGGAGGGUGGCCCCAUUGGUCUAAUUCAAAACGGGGACCUCAUCAGCAUCGAUGUUCAGAAGAGGGCCAUAAACGUUCAUUUAACAGAUGCUGAACUAAGCGAGCGGGGAAAGGAGUGGACUCCAGCUCCUUACAAGGCUAACAGAGGAGUUUUGCAUAAGUACAUCAAGAACGUGCAACCAGCUUCAAAGGGGUGUGUAACAGAUGAAUAGGCAAUGGCCGAAAGGAUAUAAUGUUAAAGAUUAUAUAGAGUGAAAACAGGCCCCAGUCGAUGCAUAAGAUCUUUUGCAGCUCAGUCUCUGUAUCCACCGGCUUUUCAACUAGGACUAGCUUGUAGCAGGCAAUAAUUUUGAAUUCCCUUUUGUAAUUUGUUCUCAUUAAUUCAGGGAUUUGCUGCCCCUCCUUGGACAAACUUUGGAUUUGAAGGUACAAUUUUGUAUCAUUGAGCAAUAAUUAAUGAACUCAUGUAUUGAAAAUGAUUAUAACCCUUUAACCUUAAUUUGGCGACCUAUUUACUCUCA